GCAGACACCGAGCCGCAGUUCGAGUGCGACGGCGCGUGGUGUGCCUCCCCCUCCUUGCAGAGAUUUGGCCGUACGGCGGUCGACUACCGGCUUGGGAGGAUAUAUGUUGACGGGAGGUUCGUACGCUCUGUUGUGGGGGACGAACUGGUUGAGCGGGUUGAAGAUGCGUUACAUGGGCCUACAGAGGGGCGGACGAGGAGUGCCAAGCAGCGGGAAGAGCGGGAGCGGGCAGAGAGGGAGCAGCAGGGAGAGGCGGAGCGUCAGGAGCUGGGACUGGAAGGGAGUGGGAAUGGGAAUGGGAAGGGGGUUGGGGUUGGGGUUGAAACCCUCUUGCCUGAACAGGUUCAGGAGGUGAUAAGUGUCGUGGAUGAGCUGAGGGAGGGGAAGCGGAAGCGGAAGAGGGAGGAGGAGGGGUCGACGGGCGCGAGUGAGGAGGUUGGACCUAGCCCUAGUCCGGCUAAGAAACGGAAGGGGGGUUCGAAGUCUAAGAAAGCUACUGCUAAGGAUAGGAGGAGGGACAAGGACAAGGACAAGGGCAAGGAGGACAAGGACAAGGAGAGCGAGGGCAAGGACGUCACUGUUAUGCCUGCCGAAGCUACUCCUGCGCCGAAGAAGAAAAGCCAUAAGGCGCCGCUCAUCUUCUACUCUGAACGAACGACGCGCAGCAGUUCGAGGAUGAACAACUCCCCUGAUGCGGCGACCGGCGCGGACAAGAAGCGAAAGCGGGACGAGGAAGAGCAAGAGCUCGACGCGGUCGGGGAGGAAACGGCCCCAUCUUCGAAGAAGCAGAAGAAGGGCGAUGCGUCACCCGCUGAACCUGGUCCUCCUCAAGUCGAAGCACCCUCUCCGUCCCUCGCCGUCGACAAUAGUGUGGACGAGGCUGAUUCUGGCAAGAGACGGAAACGGGUCGAAGAGGCCGAUCUUGCCUUGCUGGAAACGGCUCCCGCUGACGAGAGACCUGUGGCGCCCCUCUCGAGCAGACAGAAAAAGACGUCGCCUGCCGUCUUGGACGAGAUUGCAGCGUCUCACUCAACAGCGACUUCCGAACUGGCCCCUGUCGCUGCUGCCGCCGGCUUGCCUGGGACUGAGGUAUCCAAAUUGACGGCAUAGGGUGUUACUGUGCAUGCCUGUUGCCUGUGAAUGAUGUGCUCGCAAGAGCUGUUC